GCGAGGCUGGGGCCGCGGCCGCCCAGGUCCGAUGAGGUGCGGUCUUGUCUAGCUGAGCCUUCGUGCUGGCCGGCCUGUGGGCGACCUCUUCUGCUCCUGCACUGCCCACCUAGGGACGGGCGACCGCCUCUGGGAAGGGUUAAACUCCGUCAAGUGUGUUAACCGGUGUUGAGGGGAGCGCAGGCUGUGUUUUCCUCACGUCGUCGGUGAGGGAGCCACGGUGGUCCGGUAAUGAUGUCUCUUGCUCCGUUUGCAGUGUUGUCACAAUGGAAACUAAGGGUAAAAAGAAGUUCGUGGGGAAGAGUGGAAAAGCACCUCGUGGAAAAGUGCCACAUGGAAAAAGGAAAUUUAAAAAAGAUAAUGGUCCACCAAAGAAACUUACUAACAAAGGAGAUGAGGAGGGAGAGCCUAAAUCCGUUUCCAGGAAAUUUGUGAAAGGACAGUUAAGACAUGGAAGUGCUAAUGUCAAACAAUGGAAGAAUAAACAACAGUCAGGAAAGCUUGCAAACAAGAGGAAGCUCCAGGAUGGUGAAGAGGGAGGGUCAGAGUCUAAGAAGCCAAAGUGGAAUGACUUCAAAAAGAAAAGGAAGGAGUUAAAGCAAACCAGACAACUUAAUGAUAAAAGUAAUUAUGACAUAAUUGUAAAAUCAAAGCAAAUAUGGGAAAGUAUGAGAAGGAAAAAAUGCGAUAAAGAGAAACGAGAAAAACUAAUGAAUGAACUACAGAAGCUUCUUCAUGGAAAAAUUAAAAGUCUGGCAUUUGCACAUGAUUCAACUCGAGUGAUCCAGUGCUUUAUUCAGUAUGGCAGUGAGAAGCAAAGACAGGAGACAUUUGAAGAACUGAAAGAUAGCCUAGUAGAGUUGAGCAAGUCAAAAUAUUCCAGAAAUAUUGUGAAGAAAUUUCUUAUGUAUGGGACAAAAACACAAGUUGCAGAAAUAAUAAAAAGUUUUAAAGGCAAUGUGAAAAAAAUGCUCCGUCAUGCCGAAGCAUCAGCUGUAGUGGAAUAUGCAUAUAAUGACAAAGCCAUUCUGGAGCAGAGAAAUAUGCUGACAGAAGAACUGUAUGGGAACACUUUCCAGGUUUACAAGACACCCAUUUCCCCAACACUGGAUAAAGUGUUAGAAGCUCAGCCUGAAAAGAGAGAGGCCAUCUUGGAUGAAAUGAAGCAGAUUCUUACACCGAUGGCACAAAAAGAGGCUGUGAUAAAGCACUCACUGGUACAUAAAGUAUUUUUGGACUUUUUCACUUACUCUCUUCCAAAACAAAGAUCCGAAAUGAUAGAAGCUAUCAGAGAGGCUGUUAUCUACCUGGCUCACACUCAUGAUGGAGCCCGAGUAGCAAUGCACUGUUUAUGGCAUGGUACUCCGAAGGACAGAAAAGUCAUUGUGAAAACUAUGAAGACAUAUAUUGAAAAAACAGCAAUGGGUGAAUUUUCUCAUCUGGUCUUGCUGGCAGCAUUUGAUUGCAUCGAUGACACUAAACUUGUGAAACAGUUGAUAAUAUCAGAAAUAAAUGCUUCUUUACCAGAUAUAAUAAACAACAAAUAUGGAAAGAAGGUCUUGUUGUACUUGCUGAGUCCUAGAGACCCUGCACAUUUUGUUCCGGAAAUCAUCACACUUCUGCAACAGGGAGAUGGAAAUGCCUAUAGUAAGAAGAAUACUGAAGUGCGACGCCGUGAACUUCUGGAAGCCAUUUCCUCACCUUUGCUAGAAUAUUUGCAAGAACAUACCCAAGAAGUAGUGAUAGACAAAGCUACUUUUGUCUUGGUUGCUGACAUCUUAAGAACAGCUCUUGGUGACAUCCAGCCUGCACUAGAUGCAAUUGCCAACUUAGCGGCAGAAGAGCUGGUUCCAGGUGGCCGUGAUGGGCAGCUUCACAUUGUAGAGCAUCCAGCAGGCCAUCUAGUUCUGAAAUGGUUAAUAGAGCAAGAUGAAAAAAUGAGAGAGAGUGGAAAAGAAGUUUGCUUUGGAAGAACAUUGGUGGAACGUGUUGGUAUUGAGAACAUGAAGACAUGGGCAGAAGUAAAUCGAGGUGCAAUUAUUCUUUGUUGCCUUCUUCGGAGUGCCGAUCAAAAAGUGGCAAAUACCGUCAAAAAUGGACUGAAAAAGCUUGUCCCAAAGUUGAAGCUGAAUAAAAAUGUAAAAGGAAUAGAAGCAUUACUGGAGAAAUUGACUUCUUAGUGUAAAUGAAGCUAAAAAGACAGUUUACAUCAGUGGACCCAACUGAGAGUUGAUAUCAUUUUGCACCAUAAUUGUUUUAAGAAGCAGUGUAUGCAUUUGUAAAUUAAAUAAUUUCUAAAACAACUUGUCUGUUGUACUCAUUUUGUUGCAUGCGGUAAAUAGUUCUUUCAGAGAUUUAAAUCUCAGGAAGAUUUAAGAGCUAGUGGAAAUUUCUGAACAUGUAAUCAAGAAGUUAAAUCUUUCCCAAUAACUUCCACAGAAAUGUUUUGAGUUCUGUUAGAAUUUGCCUGCAUUUUGUCAUAGUUACCAUAGAAACAAGCAUCUAUUCUGGAGAUACUGUGUACUGGGCAAAUACACUUGUUCUUAAUCCCAUUCCCUCCUGGUUUCCUCAAAAAACAAAGGAGAAAAACAAUUCAAGUCCCAUUCUUAUCCUGUGAAGUAGUGAUGAAGGCUUCAGGAACUAAUAAGAGUAGAAUGAAAAUAAUGUCUAACUUUUUUCAAAGAAGGUCCUGAAGGAGAGGCUGAUUAUCUCAGUGGACCACAGUUUGGUUUUGUUUUAAGUCUUCCAAAAGACUUUUAAGCCAUAACAGACUUUUAAGCCAUAAUAAAGACGGAUUUGAGGUUUCUUUGGUGUCUUCCUUGUAAUAGGGGAGGGAUGAAUUUACUUCUGCCUGAUAACAAAUAAGUAUUCUGUUGAUUUCUACUGUACUCUAUUUUGAUAUAGAAAAAUCAAGCCAAUAUUUUAUUUUCUCAUUUUAAGCAAAGAAAAAAAGAAUCCCCAAACUUUCUUGGUAAGGCAUUCCUACAACAGACUGGUGGUAUUUAAUGCCAUGGUGAUAGACUGAUCCAGAAGACCAAAUUAUGUCUUCAGCUGUAGGAGUCACUUUUUACUCUUACUUAGCCUGAUAGGAUAUGACUCUGUUUUUAAUAGCAGUUAGACAGCCAUUAUUUCUUCUAAGAUACAGCUUCAACAAAAAGUACAAUCUAACUACUUGGAAGUUGUCAGUAGUUAAAUAAACUGACUUCAGUUUCCCUAUUUUACAUACUUUGAAUCAAUGUAAAAUACUCUGGUUCUUUAGGGAGCACCUGUAUGUAUAUACAAGUGCUGGAAUUAUCUAGAUGUGUAUGUUUAAGUAUAAACAGUUUAUCUGAAGUGGUAAAAUACCUUUUUUCAUCUUAAUAAGUAAUCUCUUGCUUCUCACUGGUCCUAUCUAGGGGGAACAUUUCUUAGUAUAAAAAAAAUGACAAGAUAUCUGAAUGGGCAAAUUUUUUAAAAAUCGUAAACCUAAUUGUGUUUACUUAGGUAAAUUUAAACAGUAUGUGAAUGUUAAGUUGGAAGUGUUUUGAACAUUGUUUCUGUUUGCAUCUGUUGAUUUACUGAUACUUUGCUGACUGCUUCCCUCUAAUUCCACUUAAAUUUAUGAGUAGUAGUAAAUAAAGGUUAAUCCCAAUCAGACCUGAUUGGCACUGGCAUGAAGUGUUCACGCUUGCAAACUUAUCCUCUCAGAUGCUGAAGGUUGCAGCUCAUUAGUUUCUGUAACAGGAUUUUCUUUUGUAACAACAAACCAGAUCAUUUUAAUUAGCAACAGUUAAUGAGUUUGAACUUUAGUGAACUGUUUCUAAAGAAGUCUCAGUUACUGCUAAAAAUCCCAACCUGAAUGUAAUAUGCAAGAGAUUUGUGACUAAAUAGUAAGUGGUAGAGUAAAACAGUAGGGGGAAAAUUUUCAGGUUAUUGAGGGGAAUAAACUAAUGCUUAGAAUCUGGCACAGGCAUAUUUCCAAUCAAGAGAAUUAAAGAGGACAGUGAAAGUAAGUCAUAGCUAAAGAUAGAUGUUAAUAAACUGAAUAGCAAAAAGCUGCUUACAUGAAUCUGAUUUGAUGCUUUGAUUGUGUGCUUUAAUUCCAGUUGCUUUAACUUAAUGUCUACCAGACAGUUUGCAUUUUUGAGACUGUGUGUAGGAUUUAUUUUAAAUUAUGUGUAGUAAUUUGGAGUGACUGACUACUGAUUUUCCUUAACACAAUUUGAGAAAUGCUGCAGUUGAUUAAGUAAGUUUCAGUUAAGGUUAUGCUAAAAGUGCAACUAUUUUCCUAACGGGGAUAGAACAUAAAUUUUACUGUCAAGGUAUGUCUAAUAUCAAUUGAAACUAAGUUCUGAAAUAACCUAAUGGAAGGAGAGGAAAAGGAGGUUAUGCAGGGAUACUAAAAACUGUUUCAGUGACUUAAGGUACUUUCAUAAUGGACUUAUUUUUCCCACUGAAGUAGCUGGUCAGAUGCAGUGCUAUUUCUGUCCCUGUCUACUGUAGGUCUCUCUGACUGUGUGAAGGCUGAGAUGAGUUGUUGGAAAGACUCUGAAGCAAAACAUUUUUUUUCAGUGUGUCCGUUUAAUUUUGUUUGAAAUGUACUUGGCAAGGACUUCUGCCUACUUUAGAUUAUCCAAACUGCUCAAAUUAUUGCCAGCAUCUUAAUAUAGCUAGCUGUAUUUUUUUUUUUAUUGCAAGACAAUGGAAGUACAUGUGCAGCAAAUAAGUGUCUGUGCUACUCACCCCAUGAAUUAUGGAGCUUUUGUUUUAAAACCAUUGUCUAGAUAUGAAGUGACUGUUUCCUUGGCCAUCCAGAGCCCACACCUCUCUCUUUCACUUUAUGUAGCAGAAAUUGGAGGGUGAACCAGUGUUUAUCAUUGUAAAUGCUAGGGCAGUCUAGGACAGGAAAGGUGGUAAUGAUUAUUUUAAUUUUGAUUCUUAGAAGACAGGGGACCCAUUACCUUAGUAAUGGUGUAUAUUAGUGUGUAAUAGUGUAUUUCCCAUUACCUUGGAAAUAGGGGUAUACAGAUAGUUACUAUUGCAACUUAAUACCUCUUGGUUUAAGGUAGAAAAGGACUGGCUUUCCCCUUUGCUGCUGACAGCAGGAUCUACCAAGAACAAGUAGUGUUUCACUUUUCCACGGACUCUACACCAACUUACCUUUGCUUCAAAAGCAGAAAAUGUACGCAGUGACUGAGUUUGUUUCUGAGUGCAGAACUGAGGACAAAGUGGGGUCAACAGAAAAUGCAGAACGAUUGAGGCAGCUGUGAAAAAAGGGGGAGGGUUCUGGGUUGAUAGACACAUUGCAGGCAGACUGUGAACCAUAAACUGUGAGAUUUUCUUUCUUACUCCUGUCCAUCUCAGCUAGCUGGAUUUUAGACUUGUCAGAAUGGAUACAAGGUCAUAUACACACAUAUAUGCAGAACACUUAAUACUUAAGGGUUUCUACAUAAAUGUUCUUGCUGCUCCUGUUGUAUGUCUAAAAAAAUUCAAAAUGGUACUAAUCAAACAUCAAAAGUUGGUUUUUUUUUUCUCAUUUCUUGCAUCUUUAAAACACACUAAUGUAAGUGUUCAUUGCAUUUAUCAAGGCACAUUUCCUUCUGACUUCUUGGAAGAUAUCUGUAGUGUCCAUUCAAGAUAAUUGUCAAAGCCUAUCCCUUUUGCCUCACUAGUGUGCAGCAUUCCUCAGCUACUUUGUGAAAGCACAAAAGUUCAUUUACUCUAACUGUAUUAUUUCAACACUUUUCCCCUGUUUUCUGCUUAGGGUUUAAAGCUCUUGUGUGGCACAUUUUUUCACUGUUAAUAGUCUUUUGUUGUUAUUUAAAGUCCCUUGCUGUGUUUUCUGUCUUGCUUUGAGACCCUGGACUUUUAGGAUAUGUAACUUUUUUCAAGUUCUGUUAAUGGUAGAUACCAUUGUACUAACCAUCUAAUAAAGAGAAACAGGCAUUACUGAGAAGGGUUGCUAUUU